ACUCGAAAACGAGAUGGAGAACUUCAGAUUAAUGAUCCAGAUAGUAGGAUUGUGGAUGGAGCCAAGUUAUGUAGAGUCCAAGCUCGCAGCUAUAACGUCUGGUAGGUAGCAUACAUGGUGUUUUUGGCAGAAACGAUCACGCGUGUAUUAUCAGUGAAGUAUACAUAUCCAGCCAGCGUACUCCUGUUCGUGGGCAGACCCUCAGUGAUUCUGUUCUUCCAUCCACAGUGAUACCCAGCCUCAUGCCAACGUGGUGAAAGAUACUCCGAUCGUGGACUGAACCAAGUCCUCUUCCAGGCAAUAGUGGCGAUCUCCGCCACCAUCUCCGGCCUCCUGUUGCUAAUUCCUGGAUUACCGACCACAGAGGAAACUGCUUUCAAGUGGCGUGGAAUGGUGUGGAUGGACGACCGAGAGUAUCACGCAGCAAGCUUGAGGAUGCUUCUGGAAAUUCACUGACCUUGAAGAGUUAAACGCACGCCAGACUAUGGACGAUGUGCGCAGCAUGAUCCGUGCUAACCAAGCAUAUUUGGUUUUGCCAUUGAGCUACAGCAAGUCGGCCAUCGUUGCACACUAUGAGCGAUCUAUUGGUGAGUCACUGUUUAAAAUUGUUUUCCAUCUGGAUUUAGUGAUGCCCAGCUGCUGCCGUAACCAUCGGCACGAACUCAAUGCGUCUUCUUUCGAGCUGAAGUUCAGCAGCGGUGCCCUCCCUCUACUCCACUACUACGCCACUGAGGGAUGGCCUGCACUUUUCCUUGUUCCCGGGGAUUCAUUCCUCUCAAACCCCCCUGUUCAACAUCUACAUCUUCGGGUCCAAUUUCCAAGCCUCCUCACUCUUCUCUCUCUCUCACUGUCGUUCCUUCGUUUCUAUCUUCUCUUUCUUGUAUUACAAGAGACAAACUCAUCUCGACUCAACUCAGCUUGCUCAGUAGCUCGUUCUGAGCGACACUCAACAGUUGAGUCGAGUGAGUUACUGAAAGGGGAGGGGACAGGCAGUGAGGGACUGAGUCUCAUGUACUACAAUGCUGGAUGAAGUGGAGAAGAUGCCUGCAGCCCUGGCUACGGAGUGAGUGAAAUCAAGAGGACUAACGCUUAGAUCUGAAAUUAUACGACGUUCGGAUACACUUGUCUCGAAAGUCCGUGGAUUGGUGAUAAAGGAUGCUACAAAGAGUUCCAGCAGAAUUGGAGUGAUCUGCAACCGCAGAACAGAUUCUGGCAAGGCUUGUGCAGAUCCAAAAAUUCAGGAUGCUUCCAAACAUCGAUGGCAAAUUACGUCAACUGACAAUUUAGUUCAGUAGGAUAGUUUUGGAUUGGUGAAAUACACGACACACGGGAGAAGAGUAGAAGGAGCCAGAGCGUGAGCGUUCGAGUUCUCAAAUGGCUGCUCCUUCUGGAUCAGGGCCGAAAUCUGUUAGAAGCGGUGGAGGUUUACCGAGCCCCAGGAUGGGUCAGAAGCCCAAUGUGCCUUCUCCUGUGACUGGAAAUACACGAAGGACGAUGAGCGGAAGAUAUAUAUCGAUUUCUCGAGAAGAGCAAGAUCAAUCUAUAGAGAUGGGUGGAGAUAUAAGCGCUGAUUUUCCAUACACAGUGCAUAUUCCUCCAACCCCGGACAAUCAGCCGAUGUCCGGCUCCAACACUCCACGAGCUGGUGAUCCUGCCGCAGGAAAAGGUGGUCAACAAUUUGUAUCCAGCACGAUGUUCACCGGUGGUUACAAGGCUCAGACUCGAGGCCACGUUAUGGAAAAAGUAACGGGUGAUAAUGCACAUCAUGUCAGAGGGUUGACUUGCCAAGUGGAUGGUUGUGAUGGAAAGACCAUGAGGGAUGAACGUGGUGAAGAUGUUUUUCCUUGCGAAUGUAAAUUCAAAAUCUGCCGUGAUUGCUACUUCGACGCUCUGAAUGCUGGAGGUAGAUGCCCAGGCUGCAAAGAUGAAUACAAAAACGAUGACGAUCAUCAGGAUAUGCAUGGAGGGGAAGAAUUGCAGAGCAAUUUACCGGAGCGGAGGGCUCUUCCAGGGCCAACGUUCGAUCAUGAAGAUUCAGGAAAGAUGGAAAGGAGACUCUCUCUCCUGAAGACCAAUAAGCCUCCUCUCCUCAUGAGCCAGCAGCAUCAGACUGGCGGCGAUUCAUUCGAUCACGCUCGAUGGUUGUAUGAAACCAAAGGUACCUACGGUUACGGAAACGCUGUGUGGCCUAAAGAUGACUCCUACAUGGGUGGUGGCGAUGGUGGUGGCGGUAAUGGCAUGGGAGGAGCACCUCCCCCUUCUUUCAACGACAAAAAUCGCCGGCCUCUGACCCGCAAACUUGCUAUUGCAGCUGGAGUCAUAAGUCCAUACCGGUUUCUAGCGUUUCUGAGGCUCGUGGUGUUGGGCUUCUUUCUGACCUGGAGAAUCCAGAAUCCCAACAAAGAUGCACUGUGGCUUUGGGGAAUGUCAGUGGUUUGCGAAAUCUGGUUUGCGUUCUCUUGGAUCCUUGAUCAGUUGCCCAAGUUAUGUCCUGUCAAUCGAUCGACUGAUCUUAGUGUCCUCAAGGAUAGGUUCGAAAAAGUUUCUCCAGAAAACCCUCGAGGCCGAUCAGAUCUGCCAGGAAUGGAUGUGUUCGUAUCCACUGCAGAUCCAGAAAAGGAGCCCCCUCUCGUGACUGCUAACACAAUCUUAUCCAUUCUUGCCGCCGAGUACCCCAUUGAGAAACUUGCCUGCUACCUUUCAGACGACGGAGGCGCGCUGCUGUCUUUUGAGGCGCUUGCUGAAGCAGCCAGCUUCGCCAGAGUGUGGGUGCCGUUUUGCAGGAAGCACAUUAUCGAGCCCCGGAACCCUGAGUCAUAUUUCCUCACUCGGGGCGAUCCCACUAAAGGCAAAGUCCGACUAGACUUUGUGAAAGAUCGUAGAAGGGUGAAGCGAGAAUACGAUGAGUUCAAGGUCAGGAUAAAUGGUCUUCCUGAUUCGAUCAGGAGGCGAUCUGAUGCCUACAAUGCGCAUGAGGAGAUCCGAGCUAAGAGGAAUCAAAUUGAAACCGGGGCUGAUCCCUCACAGCCACUUAACGUUCCCAAGGCUACAUGGAUGGCGGAUGGCACCCACUGGCCAGGCACGUGGGUCAUUUCUGGCAAGGAGCACAGCCGUGGUGACCAUGCGGGUAUCAUCCAGGUAAUGUUGGCACCACCUGGGAAUGAACCGAUAAUGGGAAGUGCGGACGAGGAGAACCUGAUCGACACUAGCGACAUUGACGUUCGCUUGUCAAUGCUAGUUUACGUAUCUCGUGAGAAGAGACCUGGUUACGACCACAACAAGAAGGCCGGAGCCAUGAACGCUCUGGUCCGAACCAGUGCAAUUAUGUCCAACGGACCCUUCAUCCUCAAUCUGGAUUGUGAUCAUUACAUAUACAAUUCACUGGCAAUGAGAGAAGCCAUGUGUUUCAUGAUGGACCGCGGUGGCGACCGAAUCUGUUACGUCCAAUUUCCCCAGAGAUUCGAGGGCGUGGAUCCUAGCGAUCGAUACGCAAAUCGUAACACUGUAUUUUUUGACGUCAACAUGAGAGCCUUGGAUGGUCUUCAGGGUCCAGUCUACGUAGGAACUGGAUGUUGUUUCAGAAGAAUAGCACUCUACGGAUUUGAUCCUCCCAGAGCUCCCAAGGAACACAGUUGCUGGAACUUAUGUUGCGGCGGAGACAAGAAAAAAAAUAGGAAGAAGAAGGGAGCCAAAACCAAAAGAGAAGUUGAGGUGGCAAAUCUCAACGGGGUACACCAUGAAGACGAUGACGGCGAGUCUCGGGGCCUCCUACCCAAGCAAUAUGGGCAAUCGAUGGCUUUCGUGACCUCUAUACCUGUAGCGGAGUUUUCUGGAAGACCUCUGGCUGACCAGGGCAUAACCAAUGGUAGACCUGCUGGUUCUCUGACUGGACCUCGUGAGCCUCUAGAUGCCGCAACUGUAGCUGAAGCUAUCAAUGUGAUAUCGUGCUUCUACGAGGAUAAGACCGAGUGGGGACAACGAGUAGGGUGGAUUUACGGAUCGGUGACAGAGGAUGUGGUGACCGGGUUUCGGAUGCAUAAUCGUGGUUGGAAGUCCAUAUACUGUGUCACAAAACGAGAUGCUUUCCGAGGAACUGCGCCCAUCAACCUUACAGAUCGACUUCAUCAGGUGCUUCGUUGGGCUACUGGAUCUGUCGAGAUUUUCUUCUCCAGAAACAAUGCUAUCUUCGCAAAUUCCCACAUGAAGAUUCUACAACGUGUUGCUUACCUAAACGUCGGCGUUUAUCCUUUCACGUCUAUUUUCUUGAUAGUUUACUGUUUUUUGCCUGCCCUUUCUCUCUUCUCCGGACAGUUCAUUGUGCAGAGCCUCAACGUAACGUUCUUAGUAUACUUGCUCACCAUCUCCGUUACUCUCUGCCUGCUCGCUAUUCUCGAGGUUAAGUGGUCGGGCAUCACUUUGGAAGAAUGGUGGAGGAAUGAACAGUUUUGGGUCAUCGGUGGAACUAGCGCGCAUCUUGCAGCUGUGCUUCAAGGUUUACUGAAAGUUGUUGCUGGUGUGGACAUUUCUUUCACACUUACAUCGAAGUCCGGAGGAGAUGAUAUCGACGAUGAAUUCGCAGAUUUAUACGUAGUAAAGUGGACGGCCCUGAUGAUUCCGCCCAUCACCAUUAUGCUCGUCAACUUGAUUGCUAUAGCAGUGGCGGUAUCGCGAACCUUGUACAGCACAAUUCCACAAUGGAGUAAGCUAGUUGGAGGAGUGUUCUUUAGUAUUUGGGUGCUGACACAUUUGUAUCCCUUUGCCAAGGGUCUCAUGGGAAGAAGAGGUCGCACUCCCACAAUCGUGUUUGUGUGGUCUGGUCUGUUGGCUAUUGUAAUUUCGCUUUUGUGGGUGACUAUUAGCCCUCCUGUGGACAGCCAAGGGUUGGGAGGUACAGGCUUCCAGUUCCCUUGAUUAUAAUGUUCGAGCUAAAUUAGUAGAAACUUUUAACUCUUGUACCGCCGCAAGCUUACGAGCUCAAGAUCGAAAAGCUGCUGUUGGACUGAAGCCCGCUAGCACUGCUCGUCUUGAGUGGUUACCGUUAUAGUACUAGCUCUUAGGUGGUGGAGAAUAUUGCUCAUGACAAAUUGUUGGCCACGAUACAUGGAUGGUUACCAAACAACCCCUAUCUUAGUCCUGUGGGGGGAGGAGUUAGGGACGAGAUCCCCUCAGAUCCAUCCGCCGGCCGAAUUGCCGAAGUUGCCGUAUAGUGGGAUCCUGGUGCAGAUUUUACCGUGAGAACGUAUGAACGCUAGGUAGAAACUACCCAAGUGCUACAGUGUGUGUAAAUGUAGAAAUAAAAAACAUGAUCUGUUCAAACAAUUCUGUCGUAGCCUACUCGCUUGUGCCGAGUUUGUCAAAAGUUCUAGUCGUUCACUUCUAGCGAGAAAACGUUGAUCAUCUAGACCGGAUGUGUACUCGCUACCCUCCGAAGUUCUACCUGCAAGUAGUGAAGCCUCUGACUCGGAGGUAGCUCAGUCGAAUCAGUUCUACACUAGAGAGCAGGCCCAGAGACACGCAACUUUAUCUCUUCUGAUUAAUUAAGC